AUGGAUAUUAAUUUGCAGAAAUGUAAAAAAUGUCGAAAAGUUUACCUUUGGAAGCGUUCAUUAGUGAAAAUACAUGCCAGUUUAAAACUUGAUUCUUAUACUUCAAAGAAAGCAGCUGUUAUUUUAACAUUUUGGUAUAAAUGUUCUCAAUAUAAAUCUCUUGCAAAAAGACCUAGAAAUGAAUCCAUUGAAAAACAGAGAUCGAAUACUAAUUGA